AUGACAAACAUCAACGAGCCGUUUUACGUGCGCUACUAUUCCGGUCACUCAGGCAGGUUUGGUCAUGAAUUCUUAGAGUUUGACUUCCGAGUCGUUGGCGACGGACGAAGCGCAACCGCAAGAUACGCCAACAAUUCCAACUACCGCAAUGACUCACUCAUUCGCAAAGAGAUGUGCGUCAGCGCUCUUCUGAUCUCCGAAAUCAAGCGUAUCAUCAAAGACAGCGAGAUCAUGAAGGAAGAUGACUCCCGGUGGCCGCAGAAGAACAAGGACGGCAGACAAGAGCUGGAAAUCCGGCUGGGAAGUGACCAUAUCCAGUUCGAAACGGCCAAGAUUGGUUCUCUUGGAGACGUGACAGAUUCGGCGGAUCCUGAAGGGCUGCGUGUGUUUUACUAUCUUGUCCAGGAUUUAAAGGCACUGGUAUUUUCUUUAAUUUCACUACACUUCAAGAUCAAGCCAAUCUAA